AUGCCAUCGUCGGCGUUGCCUCGUGGCGUCCAGGCGGUGCUGGUGACCUCCGGCCAACUGCGGCAGCUCGACCCGCUGCUCCAGGUGCCUCCCCUCCUCCUCACCAACACCCUCAUCGCCGCCUUCUCCCGCGCCUCCCUCCCGCGCCUCGCCUUCCCGCUCCUCCGCCACAUCCUCUGCUGCGCUCACCCUCUCCGCCCCGACGGCUUCACCUUCCCACCGCUCAUCCGCGCGUGCCCCGGACACGCCUCCGCCGCGCAGCUUCACGCCUGCGCGCUCCGCCUCGGCCUCCUCCACCCGAGCGUCUUCGCCUCCGCUUCCCUCGUGCACGCCUACCUCCGGUUCGGUCGCGUCUCUGAAGCCUACAAGGUGUUCGAUGAAAUGCCGGAGCGGGACCUGCCGGCGUGGAACGCGAUGCUGUCCGGACUGUGCCACAACGCGCGUGCGGGCGAGGCGGUGGGCCUUUUCGGGAGAAUGGUGAGGGAGGGCGUCGCUGGCGACACGGUGACAAUCUCGAGCGUGCUGCCGAUGUGCGUCCUGCUGGGGCACCGGGCGCUCGCGCUGGCCAUGCACGUGUACGCGGUGAAGCGCGGGAUGGACAAGGAGCUCUUCGUGUGCAAUGCGUUGAUCGAUGUGUACGGAAAGCUGGGGAUGCUGGAGGAUGCCCGUGGGGUGUUUGAUGGGAUGGGGUGCCGCGAUCUGGUGACGUGGAAUUCAAUCGUUUCAGGCCAUGAGCAGGGUGGGCAGGUCGCUGCUGCGGUCAAGAUGUUUCGUGGUAUGAUGGACAGCGGGAUUUCCCCUGACGUGCUGACUCUUGUAAGUCUGGCAUCUGCCGUUGCCCAGUGUGGAGAUGCCUGCCGUGGGAGGUCAGUGCAUUGUUAUGUGAUGAGGCGGGGGUGGGACGUGGGUGACAUAAUUGCGGGAAAUUCAAUAGUUGAUAUGUAUGCGAAGCUGUCAAAGAUCGAGGCUGCCCAGAGGAUGUUUGAUAUCAUGCCAGUUCGAGAUGCUGUGUCCUGGAACACUUUGAUCACAGGGUAUACACAGAAUGGGCUUGCCAACGAGGCAAUCGAGAGAUAUGGUCGUAUGCAGAAGGAUGAGGGUCUAAGGGCUGUUCAGGGGACAAUCGUUAGUGUUUUGCCUGCAUACUCACAUCUUGGCGCGUUGCAGCAGGGCAUGCGAAUGCAUGCUCUGUCCGUUAAGACUGGAUUAAGUCUGGAUGUGUAUGUUGGAACUUGUCUGAUAGACUUGUAUGCUAAAUGUGGCAAGUUGGCUGACGCGAUGCUUUUCUUUGAAAAUAUGCCUAGAACGAGUACAGGUCCUUGGAAUGCAAUCAUGGCUGGCCUUGGAGUUCAUGGGCAUGGCACGAAGGCUCUCGGUCUCUUCUCACAAAUGCAGCAGGAAGGAAUUAAGCCCGAUCAUGUCACAUUUGUUUCAUUAUUGGCUGCAUGUAGUCACACUGGCUUAGUUGACCAAGGUCGGAGUUUCUUUGAUAUGAUGCAGAUCACAUAUGGUAUUACUCCCAUUGCAAAACAUUAUGCGUGCAUGGUAGAUAUGCUUGGCAGAGCUGGUCAGCUGGAUGAAGCUUUUAAUUUCAUACAAAGCAUGUCGAUUAAACCUGAUUCCGCUGUUUGGGGCGCUCUUCUUGGUGCUUGCAGGAUUCAUGGGAAUGUUGAAAUGGGAAAAGUGGCUUCACAAAAUUUAUUUGAACUUGAUCCAGAGAAUGUUGGAUAUUAUGUUCUAAUGUCGAAUAUGUAUGCCAAGGUUGGGAAAUGGGAUGGAGUUGACGAAGUAAGGUCUUUGGUCAGGCGCCAAAAUUUGCAGAAAACCCCUGGAUGGAGCUCAAUAGAGGUGAAAAGAUCAGUGAAUGUAUUUUACAGUGGCAACCAGACAGAACCCCACCCUCAACAUGAAGAGAUCCAGGCAGAGCUGCGUAAUCUGUUGGCCAAGAUGAAAACUAUAGGUUAUGUUCCUGACUGCAGUUUUGUCCUACAGGAUGUAGAGGAGGAUGAGAAGGAACAUAUCUUGAAUAAUCAUAGUGAGAGAUUAGCUAUUGCCUUUGGCAUCAUAAAUACUGCUUCAAGAACUCCACUCCACAUAUACAAGAAUUUGCGCGUGUGUGGGGAUUGCCACAAUGCCACCAAAUAUAUAUCCAAAAUAACUGAGAGAGAGAUCAUUGUCCGGGAUUCAAACCGGUUCCACCACUUUAAAGAUGGUCACUGUUCUUGUGGGGAUUUUUGGUAAA